UGCAUGGUUACAUUAUAAUCGACUCGAGUUUCAAAUGAAAAACACAUUAACGCCAGUGGCGGUUCCACAUUUCUGAACUUCACCAUCUUCCUCCGCACCUCCAACCUCCAACCUCCAACCUCGUCUUCUCAACCCCACCCUUCUCCGCUCUGUAAAAUUAGGGUUUUCACUUCCCCUCUUUUCAAUCACAUUCAUCCUAACCCUAAAUUUCCGCGAAAUCCAUAUAACUCGAAGAAGAAACCACCACAACAAUGGCGGAGCACUUAGCAUCGAUAUUCGGGACAGAAAAAGACAGAGUAAACUGCCCUUUCUACUUCAAGAUCGGCGCCUGUCGCCAUGGAGAUCGCUGCUCUCGACUCCAUAACCGCCCCACAAUCUCUCCAACUCUCCUUCUCUCCAACAUGUACCAACGCCCCGACAUGAUUACUCCAGGAGUCGACGCGCAAGGUCAGCCUAUCUCACCUCGAACUCUUCAAUCUCACUUUGAGGAUUUCUACGAAGAUAUCUUCGAAGAACUCGGCAAAUUCGGCGAAAUCGAAACCCUAAAUGUUUGCGAUAAUCUCGCCGACCACAUGAUUGGGAAUGUUUAUGUUCAAUUUCGAGAAGAGGAUCAAGCUGCUGCUGCAUUGGGAGCUCUUCAAGGGAGGUUUUACUCAGGGAGGCCGAUUAUUGCUGAUUUUUCGCCGGUGACUGAUUUUCGUGAGGCGACGUGUCGGCAAUUUGAAGAGGAGAGUUGUAAUCGAGGUGGAUAUUGUAAUUUUAUGCAUGUUAAGAUGAUUGGAAGGGAGUUGAGGAGGCAGUUGUUUGGGAAGUUUCAUAACCCUAGGCGUAGGAGGAAGAGCAGAAGCCGGAGCAGGAGUAGGAGUCCGAAGCCGAUAAGGAGAGAGAGGGAGAGGGAGAAAGAUAGGGGUUCUGAGCAUCGGAGUCGAGAUAGGAGGCAAGAUGAUGAAGGUGGUAGAGGUGGGAGGAGGAGGAGUAGGAGCCCUCCAUCGGCGAGGGAAGGCAGCGAGGAGCGGAGGGCGAGGAUUGAGCAGUGGAAUCGAGAGCGCGAGGGAAAGAUUUGAAUUUUUGGUUUAUGUUGCUAAUUUUUGCUUGAUUGAUCAUCUGAGUUACUUUAGUAGGAAUAUAAAUGUAGUUUGUUUGGGUCUAAUUUAUAGGGUUUAUGUCCAGGCUCUGAUUUCUAGGGUUUAUGUUUAGGGUCUGAAUAGUCUGAUUAUAUUGUCUCUCCUGUGAUUUUCAACUUUCUGGGUUAUUGUUUUGCAAAAUUAGAAAAAGGAAGGAGUAAAAUCAUUUUGUUUUCUGAAUUAAAUGUUGUUAAAUCAAUGCAGUAGCAUUUUUAUUUUCUUAA